AUGAGUAGUACAACCCCAUCUAUUGCCGGAUUAACUAACCGGAGCGUAUUUCGUAUUGAAUUUAGAGAACCGUAUGAGGAAAUUACUCUUCGAGAUGAAACUACACCAAAUAUCCGAAAUAUCAUAUUUAGCCCAAAGGGCACAUACUUAGCAUACAGAACGGACAAAAAAGCUGAAAUAGUAAGAUGUUCAGAUUGGUCAGUAGUUGCAACAAUAGAUGGAAAUUUUAAAGAAAUGUUUUUCUCACCUUUAGACAAUUAUUUUAUAAUAUGGGAAAUGUUUGCUAUAACAAAGGACAAUCCUCAGGGUAAGCCAAAUCUCCAUGUAAUUCAGUCAGAAAAUGGAAAAGUUAUCGGAUCAUUUGUUCAAAAAAGCCAAAUUGGCUGGGAACCCAAGUGGUCAACGGAUGAGAAGUUGCUAGCUAUAUUAAAUAAUAACAGAGUCCUGAUAUAUGAAGAUGUGAAACUUGACCGCUACACACACUAUAUUCAAGCUGAAAAACUACAAUCUUUUAGUAUUUCUCCAAGUCCAGCACCUGCUUACUAUAUCUCAAUAUUCACUUUAGGUAAAGCUGGCCAGCCUUCAUUUUGGCGUGUGUUCAAACACCCCCAGUACGAAGUUACACAGGCUGUAGUAAGUCGGUCUUCAUUUCAAGCUGACAAAGCCACCUUUCAUUGGAAUAGGCGGGGAACUAAUGUAUUUGCUUUGACUCAAACUGAGGCAAAUAAAACAGGAAGCUCUUACUAUGGAAAGCAAUCAUUAUCAUAUGGUGAUGUAAAGGGAAAUGCAGGAAAUAUGACUUUCAGUAAAGAGGGUCCAAUCCACGCCAUAGCCUGGAACCCAGGCAACUGGAACGAGUGGGUAUCCGUGUACGGACACGCACCUGCCAAGGCGACACUCUUCAACGCCAAGUGUGACCCGCUCUUCGAGUUCGGCACUGGCGCUUGGAACGCGAUAUACUUCCCACCUGAAGGAAAUGUAGUCCUCUUAGGUGGUUUCGGCAAUAUAGCAUCAGGGCACAUCUCGGUAUGGGAUGUACGUGGGUACAAGAAGGUCGGUGAAUGUAGUGCCCCGGACACCACCAGCCUGCAGUGGGACCCGCGAGGAGAAACCUUCCUCACAGCCACUACAUACCCAAGACUUACUGUUGGGAAUGGUUACAAAAUCUGGCACUACACCGGCGCUCUAAUGCACAAGCGCGCUUGUAUGGAAAAGGAAAACCUUCUGUCCAUCAGCUGGCAACCUGGUACCUAUCCGAAGAGCGAACUGUCCAGGACUGCACCAAAGAGCCUAGAGGACGCUACGCCAAAAGCCACAGGCGCAUAUAGACCACCCGGCGCAAGGAACCGACCGUCGACCUUCGUGUUGCAUGAACAUGAGAAGCCUCACAAGCCUGGGCAAGCUACAGAUGCAGCGCCAUCAAAACAAGCAAUCAAACAAAAGGAGAAGCGUGAGGCACGCAAAGCCCGCAAGGCCGAAGAGAGGGCGGGCGACGACUCCCCCGCGUCCCCCGCCGCGCCCGCGCCCGUUGCGCCCCGCGCGCCCUUCGUCUCCACCGGCGACCCCGAGAAAGAUAAGAAGAUCAAAAACAUUAAUAAGAAACUAAGUGACAUAGACAAAUUAAAGCAACAGAAGGCAUCCGGCAAACAAUUAGAACUCAACCAACUGGCAAAGAUUGACAACGAACCAGCAUUACUGCAGGAACUGGCUCAGCUUAAAUUA